UAUCCGUAUUCUCUAUACGGUGGUGGCCCAAGAACCUGGACCACGUUAUUCCUCUCAAUCUGUGCCACCGUAGAAAUUACUAUUGCAAAAAAUAUAGUUUAGCAAAAUGUCAGGAUUGCCUCGCCGGAUUAUAAAGGAGACUCAGCGCUUGCUAGCAGAGCCUGUUCCAGGGAUAAAAGCAGAACCUGAUGAAGGAAAUGCACGCUACUUCCACGUGGUAAGCGGACCCCAGGACUCCCCUUUUGAAGGAGGAACCUUCAAACUUGAACUCUUUUUGCCAGAGGAGUACCCCAUGGCAGCUCCCAAAGUACGAUUCAUGACAAAAAUCUACCAUCCCAAUGUAGACAAGCUGGGGAGAAUAUGUCUAGAUAUUUUGAAAGAUAAGUGGUCUCCAGCCUUGCAGAUUCGCACUGUGCUGCUAUCCAUUCAAGCAUUAUUAAGUGCUCCUAACCCCGAUGACCCACUCGCAAAUGAUGUCGCUGAGCAGUGGAAAACAAAUGAAGCCCAAGCCAUAGAAACAGCCCGAACAUGGACUAGGCUCUAUGCUGGCAACAACAUUGACGUAUAGAAGACAGGUGCGGCAUUGAAAUGUGAUCCCCGUUAAUACACCACUCCUGACAAGAGGAUGUCUUUAACUUGUAUUUAAAGCAAAAUGUUAGACAUACAAAAAUCAAGUGCUAAAGUAAACAAAUGGUAAAUGUAAUUAAAAUACACAUGGACUAAG